CAGCCUCCACAAACAUUUCAAACGAUGUAUCGAUAGAGUUAUUCCCAUCUCUAGUGACAAAUCUAAAAAUGAUAAUAUAAUUCAAUCUUAUCAUAUUGUUGGAAAAACAUUAGACCUGUUGUGAUAUGCUAAUUACUAGCGUGUAAAAAGUAUAGACAAAAGUCAAAAUGUCGGUUCACUACAAGUUUAAGAGUACCCUUCAUUUCGAUACAAUUACCUUCGAUGGUCUGCAUAUAUCGGUUGCGGAUUUAAAAAGAGAGAUCAUACAGCAGAAACGGUUGGGAAAAAUUAUCGAUUUCGAUCUUCAAAUUACAAAUGCACAAAAUAAAGAAGAGUAUAAAGAUGAUAACUUCUUAAUACCAAAAAACACCACUUUGAUCAUUUCUCGGAUUCCGAUUGCACAUCCCGUUAAAAAAGGAUGGGAUCCAGCCGCAGAAAAUACAGUUGCAGCGGCGCCCACAAAUAAGACGGAAAAUUUAAAUAUGGAUCUAUUUAAAAUGCAAGGAAGCGAAGAGGAAAAAAUUCAAGCUAUGAUGAUGCAGAGCACUGCGGAUUAUGAUCCUAAAACAUACCAUCGCAUUAAGGGACAGUCGCAAGUUGGUGAGGUGCCGGCUUCUUAUCGCUGUAACAAAUGUAAGCGAGGUGGUCACUGGAUUAAGAAUUGUACGUUUGCUGGGGGGAAGGAACAAUAUGAAGUGAAGAGAACUACGGGGAUUCCCCGCUCAUUUAGGGGCAAGCCGGAAAUAUCAAUUGAACCAGAGGCAUCAAAAUAUUUAAUGUCCACUGAAAAGGAGCAAGAAAUCCCAGAAGAUUUGAUAUGUGGAAUUUGUCGAAACAUUUUUGUUGAUGCCGUUAUGAUUCCCUGUUGCGGAAGUUCUUUUUGCGAUGACUGUGUACGUACUUCGUUGCUGGAGUCCGAAGAUAGCGAGUGCCCAGAUUGUAAAGAGAAAAACUGUUCGCCAGGUUCUUUGAUUCCAAAUCGAUUUUUAAGGAACUCUGUAAACGUCUUUAAAAAUGAAUCUGGCUACAAGUUAGCUGCCUAUAAACCUGUUAGCAAAGCAACACCACCAGCUGAAAAAAAGGAGGACGAUAUUGCAGCUGAGCUUCCGGAAGAAUCAAGUCAAACACAGGAUGAGGAACCUCAGAAUGAGCCGGAGGAAAAUAAACUAGAAACAGAGGAAAAAGAGGACGAAGAAGAGGAUGGAGGGGAAGAUGAUGCCACUGAAGCCUCAAACAUAAAUAGUAUUGACCCAAUCAAAAAAGAUAAUGAUUCAGACUUCGAGGAUAACAUAACAAUCAAAAUGCCUCAAAAAUUGAUUGAAACUACCACAAAUAUGGCCGAUGCCGUGAAAGAGGAGGCUAUCCCUUCAUAUUCACAAAAGUCGCAUGGUAAUAACGUAAUGCAACGUCGUGAUCACAAUUAUGAAUAUAAAUCGGAUUUGGAUAUGAAACCGCAAAGCAACUAUCCUAAAAGUGAUGUGAAGCAAGAACGAAGCCUUUUGCCUACGCCAGUUGGCACUCAUCAUAAGCCGCAAUAUCCAAAUCAUAAUAUGAAUGAUCAGCGCGAUAAGCCGGUAAUGAAUCCUGAGCAAGAUCACCGGAUGGGUAUAUAUAAACCUCCAUAUAUGCAAAUGCCUCGAUUACCGGCAAUGCAUCAACAUAUGGCGCCUUACAAUAAUGGAUAUAAUAAUAUACAACACAGGCCACCGAUGAGUUUCGGUCACUAUCAAAAUCAACCUGUGCAUCAAAUAAAUGCACCUUAUAUUCCGCCUGGAAACAUGAAUAUAAAUCCUUCGCAAACAUUUCAAUCAUCGAAUUUGGCUUCCAUUUAUCAAGGAGUUGCAGCUAAAGUUGGCACUGGACUCAUAGACGAUCCACUUGAAGCGUUCAACAGAAUCAUGAAGGAGAAAGAAAAGCAAAAAGUGGAACGUCGGCGUAGUCCAGGCCAUCACAGAUCACGAUCUCCUGGACGACCGAGACAUCGCUUCAAGUCCUUAAUAUAUGACCGAGGUUCGUCCAGGGAAAUGAGCAAUAAGGAGAAGCGACCACGAUCUCGGGAACGGAAACGUGAAUACAGUUAUGAGCGAGGACGACCAAGUCGUCUUGUACGCCAUUCAAGCCCUGGAUCCAAUUCACCAAGUGACAAGAAGAAGAGGUAUGUGCAUCGACGUUCUCCAUCGCCAAAACAAGGUCAUAAACAAAGAUUAAGAGAAAAGUCGUUGCCCAAACCUCUAUAUGGAUCGAAACCAGAUACUGUGGAACCGCCGCCGCCUGGGUUUGAAUCGUUGCCGAUUGAAAACAUUGCUGAUAAUGAUAGAGACCGAAAUAAGAAGCCUGUUGAUCAUGAUAUCGUCAGGAAUGCAGAGGACGAUCAUCAUUCGCGCAAGAGACAAAGACCCUCCAGUAAGACUCAAGAUACCAAAACCGAUGAACAUAGUUCCAAAAGCCUUACGCCACCCUCAAAGUCAAAGACUGCGAAAAUUGCAAAAAUCGAAGGUCCUGAUUUGUUUGAUAGAUCUCCAAAAACACCUGAGAGAAAUGAAAAGGAUUCCCAUUCGUUGGUUAUGGACAAGCACCAGAGCGAGCUGUCAUUUAACCCGGAAAAUAAAACAAAUAUUGUAAAACCACAUGAUCGUUUGGAGACCGGCAGUAAUACAGGAAAAGAAAAUAAUCUGCAGUCGAAAGAUCGGAAAAAGAAGAAAAAGGAAAAAUCGGAACGCAAGAAAAACAAGAAAGAUAAGAAGGAGAAGGAUAAGGAAAAGGAGAAAAGGGAUAAAGUUAAGAAGGUCUACUCAGAAAGCGUUGAGUCCGCAUCCGCGUCUGAGAAAGGCUUGAACCUCGAUGCCCCAAUGGAUCCAUGUAAUGAAAGCGCUGAAUUUAAUUCAAAUGAUUUACUGCAAAAUAUUUCGGAUUGCAUUGAGCUUGAAACAUUAAAACGAAAUGAUUCAAUUCUUAGCAUCGAGAUGACAGAUCACGAUUUAAAUAGAGAACAUAAUUCCUCAAUUCAUGAAAUGAAUGAUAUUAAAAUUUCAAAGUGGGAGUUAGAUGAUAGUAAUUUAAACAGUAAUUUCUUAGAUCCCAGUAGAAAAGUGGCCUGUAAUAAAAUGCAAGAUCAUUCGGAAAUAACAUCUGAUGUUCUUCGUAAAGCGGAACAUGCAAUUUUUGCAAAAGCUAUUAACGCUAUACGACCGGUCGAGUUUAAAGUUGUCAUUGAUGCGAAGCGCAGUAGCAAGGAUCGUUCCAUUACAGUAAAAAACGAUCAUAAGGAUCGUGAACGUGAACGUGAUCGAGACCGUGAUCGCGAUCGUGAACGCGAACGAGAUCGUUCUCAUUCCCCCAAGGCUAGCACUAAUAAAUCCGUCAAAGAAAGGCUAGGCAAUAAAGUUGUUAACGAACGCAAUUACUCAUCAGAUCGCUCGAAGAAUGAUCGCGAUCGUCGGGAGAACUCGGAGAGAAAGUCAAGUCGCGACCGAUACAAAUACAGUUCUUCUAGUUACAGUUCCAGAAAACGUGAGAAGGAUUCCAAAGAACGUGUUGUGGCAAUUGAAAGAAGAUUUGAUGAUCAAAGAAAUCGUAAGUCGACCGAAAGGGAAGUGAUAAGUAUAUCACGCAGAGAUUCAAAUUAUUCGGAUUCCAACAAAUAUAAAUCCCAAAACAAGGACAAGUCAUCAACAUCUGGCACUAAAAGUGAUAAGCGAAAUUAUGAAUCAGAUCGUAGCCCUUAUAGGAGAGCCAAAUCAGGAGAAUCCCGCUUGAUUGCGUCAAUUGCUUCGAGGCCAUCAAAGCCCGUUCGUCCAGAUAACCCUUUCCGAAAGUUUGACGAAAACAAUUCUUCUAGUAAUAAGGUAUCAAAAUUCGAUAAUUCUUUGAAGCGGGAUGGUACUUCUCAAUCUUCAGAUCAAGGCGACAAUAAGAGAAGAAAAGAUAAAAAACUCAAAAAAGAAAAGAUCUUAAAAAAGGCUUCGUCGACAGAAUCGGUAAAAAGUGAUAAGCGGAAAGAUGUAAAAAGUAAAAAAAAAAAUAAAAUACUAAAAAAAAAGAAAAAGUCCAGAAAGUAAGUUUUUGAAUAUCACAGCAGAGAAG